AUGGCGGGAGAAUUGGAACAGUUGAGGCAGGAAGCCGAACAACUUAAAAACCAAAUAAGGGAGGCGAGAAAAGCCAUGGCAGACACCUCCCUGGCCCAGAUGACGGCCAACAUGGAGCCCGUUGGGCGGAUCCAGAUGAGGACUAGGAGGACCUUGAGGGGGCACCUGGCCAAAAUAUACGCCAUGCAUUGGGCUUCUGAUUCCAGGAAUCUCGUCUCAGCCUCUCAGGAUGGCAAACUCAUUGUAUGGGACGGGUAUACAACCAACAAAAUGCAUGCCAUUCCACUGCGUAGUAGUUGGGUGAUGACAUGUGCGUACGCCCCGUCUGGAAACUACGUGGCCUGCGGAGGGCUCGACAACAUUUGCUCCAUCUAUAGUUUAAAAACAAGAGAGGGCAACGUGCGAGUGAGUAGGGAGCUGUCGGGCCACAACGGCUACCUCUCGUGUUGCAGGUUCCUAGACGACAAUCAGAUUGUCACUAGCUCCGGCGAUAUGACUUGCGCUCUGUGGGACAUAGAGACAGGGCAGCAGACGACGAGUUUCAGCGGGCACACGGGUGACGUCAUGAGUCUGUCUGUGGCUCCAGACAUGAGGUCCUUCGUGUCUGGGGCCUGCGAUGCUUCCGCUAAGCUGUGGGACAUCAGAGAUGGCAUGUGCAAGCAGACGUUCACAGGACACGAGUCAGACAUCAACGCUAUCACGUUUUUUCCGAGUGGAUACGCCUUCACAACUGGUUCAGACGACGCCACGUGCAGGCUGUUCGACACCAGAGCGGAUCAAGAAAUAGGCAUGUUCUCACACGACAACAUCAUCUGCGGCAUCACAUCGGUGGCGUUCUCGAAAAGUGGUCGCCUGCUGUUCGGUGGCUACGACGACUUCAACUGCAACGUUUGGGACAGCCUCAAGCAGGAUAGGGCCGGAGUCCUUGCAGGGCACGACAACCGUGUAAGUUGUUUGGGAGUGACGGAAGAUGGAACUGCAGUGGCCACGGGAUCUUGGGACAGCUUCCUCAAAAUAUGGAACUGA